GUGUGGACAGCAUCAUUAAUUAAACGAGUUACUCUGUCUCAUAGAGAAGAAAAAAUAAAGAAAAUAACAAAAGUUUUGUGAUUGGUAAAGAGAAAAAAAGAAAUCUGAACAAGAUGCAGAAGAUUUAAAUUGUAUGAAAUUAAAGGAAAGUGAAAUUUAGAAGAAAAAAACAGAAUAAUGAUUUCCGUACGAGUGUUGAAAAAGGAAAAUUAAUUAAACUAUAAUAACGAUGGAAAUAAAAGAGCUGAUAAUUGAAGGCGAAAGUGAAUAUGUGAAAAAUAUGUGAGAAAGAAAGAAAAGAAAAAGAAAGAGAAAAAGAAAAACGAAAAUAUAUCUCUCGUUUUCUGUUAUCUCUCCCUCCCUUCCCUCCUUCCUUCAUCCUUUAAUCACCUUUUCCCCUCCACCUCCUUUUUUUCUACUUUUCCUUCUUCUUUGAAACAUUCCUCUCCCACCCAAACCUUUCCUUUUUACCUCUAAGCCGAUUCCUCCUCCUCCUCCUCCUCCUCCUCCUCCUCCUCCACUCUUCUCUCCCUUUCAUCUUCUUUACCUUUCUUCUCUUUCUUCAUUCUUCUCCAAUUUCUUGCGUUUCCUUCUUGUUUUCCAUGUUCUUGCCCUUGUCUUCCUUUCCUUAGUCCUCUUUAGUCUUUCUUUGUACUCCUUCCCUAUUUCUCCUCUCCGUUUUCCUCCGCCUCCUCUUCUGCGCCUCCGUCAAGAUGGUUUUAGAAAGGAGCUGCAGCAACGUGGAGGGAAGUGUGGUGGUCAGGGCUCGCCACAUUGUCAGGAAGAAGAAAAGAAGAUGUGUGGGAGUGCAUGAGGGACUCUUGGGCUGCAGUUUUGGCCACGGGGAGUGUGUCAACCCUCACGCCCCAACGCACGCCAAUGGCCACGGAGCCGCCCACAAGCACCCACACGCCCACAGCAAUGGUUUUACUCACGCCCCACCCUCAGCAAGCCCGCCCCUCAGACACCUGCACCUCAGGGCUCGCUCCCACGCGCUUUGUUUUGGCUGUCGGUCAGGGAGCCAAGUGACCGAGCGAGGGGAGGGUCACCAGGGCCCGGCCAGUAGAGUGUUGGCUGCUCCACCUCGCUCAUUGCCCGCUGAUGCACAACUCUCACAUGCAAAGGACGCCGUAAUUCUGCCCAUUGUCUCACCUCAGUGGCGUGAUUAG